UCUCACUUGUGUAAGUGUUUGAGCGCUCAGUGCUGUGUGAAGAACUCUAGCUGCACACAUGUCUCCCUGUUCACCUCUGCUGCAUGGACUCACACUCUACUGCUGCUGGGCACUGCUGCCACUUUUUAUAACACGAGCUGAUGCGCUGCAGUGUUAUGCCUGUAACAUCCAGGGCCAGAGAUAUGUGGAUGUAGGGUGUUCCAGUCCUGAAGUCAUCACCUGCUCCCAUUUCCACAGAGGCUUUAAGCAGCGUUUCUGCAUCAGAACAGAAAGCGUUGCUUUAGGAAUGGUGCUCACCAGCGGAUGUGCUACAUCCCGUCACUGCCACACAGAGGAACUUCCAGGAGUGAAAAUACACUGCUGUGACUCAGAUCUGUGUAACUGUGCUCCCCGCCAUCACAAAUUGUUGUUAUCAUCGCACACACUUUACUUAAUAAUGGCUUCCUUUGCCACAGUGUGGCUCCAGCUUUGAAAAGCAAGAAAAAAAGAAAUGUGGGAGCACGAAGAAUGAAGAAUGAAACCUGUGCUAAGAUUUCAGAUGGAUUUUAACAGCAUGGUAGGUUACAAAACUACUACUGUUGUGCCUGGUAAAUGGACCAGACUCUCUGAAUAUAGACACUGUGGAAGGCCUACAGAAUAUCUAUAGAUCUCCUUUCAAGAAAUGCUUUGCAUUUCUUUUUGUUUCUUUUGAUUUGAUCUUUGAAGGCAAAUUCAUUUGGAUGUAAAUAAUGAUGCCCUCAUAUUCCCGUGCAUGCAUUCUGAUGUUUAUUUUAGUAAAGUGCUUUAUACCCAAUAUGGAUGUGGUCAUAUGUGGGCUUAUUCUGACUGUCCAAUCACCAUCAGAUUACAGUGUUAUAGACAUGUACAACACAAUGUCAUCUUGAACAAAACAAAUCGAAACAAAUCACUAAAACUGCUGAAAGUACACAGACAGUAAAAAUUUAAAUCUGAGAAACUGAAUUUAUUUCCACUUUAAUGACCAAAAAAGCCGUUUAAGAGGCCAGGCUGCCGUGAUUACCAUUAUUUUCAGCUAAUUAUGAAUUAUGGGCUGCAUUAAAAAUGCCAUCUUGUUUUCAUACCAUUGCCACAUGAACCUGUUUAUUACUGAAUAAUAUGUGGCCUAUUUAUGUUUAUAGCUAGAAUAUUGUUUGUAUCAAGUCAUUACAUUCUAAUGAGUGCUUAUUUUAAUUCCUGUCAGUUCAUGUAACCUGCACUUAUUGGAAAGUGUUAACUUGGUGUAAUACCUGUAUUCAGCAUUGCAUCUACUCCAGUUUAAUGCCACCUGACUAUAUAUGUAAAAUUGUGAACAGUGUGACAUACUUAAAGCUGAUUGGGAUUUACAAAUCUACAAAUUUACAAAAGAUUUACAAAUUUACAAAUUUACAAAAGGUACAAAAAGUACCUUUUGUACUUUCUGGAUUUUGAAGUAAUGACCCAGAAGAGUGU